AAAAAUGCCGGUUGAGAUUUGGGUCAAUGUUGUGCGCAGAUCGUCGGAGAAGAAAUUUUAAAUUUCACAUAUAAUCCACGUGUGGAACUGGAUAAUUCCGAAUGAUUAUUAUUCAUAACAAUUCAGGCUGAAAGAACACAAAGACAGGAAUGGGCAAGUUUCUUCAUCCCUCUUGAGACUCCAUCGGGAGAUGAUAAGUGGACAACCUGGGAGUAAUCUCUUAACGAUUCAGAAAUAUUUGUGAAGACUGUGAUGGAUAUUCACUCCGAUUUGUUUCAUGGAAGCGUUUUUGUGUUGUCACUUUAAAAAGUUUUUUUUUUAAAGGCUUCAAUGAUGGCUCAAAGACAACCCAAAGUUCAUGUUAACAUACGAAAACCUCGCUCACCUCCCGAGGGCCAGUUUUGUUUGUACAGUCAUCGCACAUGUACACACAAUAAGCUUCCUGGUUACGACUUCUGCACAAGACAUAUCUUGGAAGAUAAGAAUGCACCUUAUAAGCAGUGUGAAUACAGCUCCUCAAAAAAUGGGAAACGAUGUAUCAAUGCAGCAACAAAGUCUGACAAGAAAGGAAACCACAGACACUGCAAUGACCAUGCAAAAAAAGCUAUUCUUCUACGACAAAAGGCUCAUUUUAAACGGAGGUGUACAGAAACGGCCGACAGUCUUUUAGAAGAUCUAGAUCAUUACAAACUCGUAGCGGGCCCUGAUGGAGUACUGGAACACCAGAGGCAGCACACAGUGGGAGAUAACCUAGCCAGCAGAGCUCUAGACUAUGCCAGCUCCAGUGACUCGGAUUUGGAGUCCCCAUUGGUGGAUCAGGCCUGGAGAGGUGAUGGAGACAGUGAUGCUGAAAGUAUAGACAGUGACCAGGAGGAUCUGCUUAAGUAUGCUGGAGUGUACACUGCGGAGGAGGUGGCCCUGAUCAUGAGGGAUAAGCUUAUUCGUCUGCAGUCACUGUAUAUAGACCAGUUUAAGAGACUUCAACACGUUAUGAAAGAAAAACGCAGAAAGUAUCUCCAGACCACCAAACAAGAAAGGGAAGCUCUCGGAAGUAUCAAGUAUUACAAGAAGCGAGUGACCUCCCGCGACAAGUACAGCCAGCUGAAGGUGCUGAAGCGGUAUCACAAGAGACAGGGAAAGGAGGCACUGUUACACAGACAAUCUAAACAGAGGAGAAUUGCCAUCUCGGAGGGAUAUUACUACAGAGCACCUGCUUAUCCUCGCUGUAUCUUCAGUAAUGAGAACUCGGUCAAAUGCUUAGAGAGAGCUGUACCAUUGUCCAAGUACUGCAAAAAACACAUUGGAGAGGACCAGUACCAGGUCUUGUUUCGUCCUUGCCAGUUUGGGGGCGGGGCCUGUGGGAAACAGGUGUUUAGUUUGGAUGAUUGUUGCACCUGUCCUACACAUCUACCCUUAAAAAAUCAAGAAACCAGGGUGUCUCUGAAGAUUGAGGAGAAUGCAGAUCCUCUGGAUGUGAAGUCAACAGAGUUGACGAAAGAAGCCCUGGAUUUACUCUUGCCGCAGCUGGAUUUUUCUGCACAAGAGAUCAUGAGUCGACAACUUCUAUCCGAAAAUCCAGAAAUGCCAGACUCCAUAUUCUCAAUCACAGAGGCUGACACAACAGAAUCUAUGGACCCAAGUGAACAAUUAAACAAUACAGCUGAUCAGAGUGAAAUGGUGUUGCUCGCUGAAGAGAAGUCUGAGAAAAUUUCGUGUUCAGACACUGCAGAGGAUGGUCCAGAACAUGGUCCUCUUCUUCUUCAGCAUUUACAGGGGACUUACGAAUACUCUCACAGCAGAAGUAGUAGCAAGAAUUCUGAGGCGGCAGCCUCACAGAGCUCGGUCUCAACAGAGACAGCUUCAGAAUCAGCAAUGGAGAGGAAAGAUUUCACAGAUAAUGAGGAAGACAACAAACUGGCGGAAAUGACUGAUGUGUGUUAGAAUGGAGAGAUUGUAGGACCAUUAAAUAUCAAAAGUAUUUAUUAAUAAAAGUCAAGUGUUUGUAAUUCAUCAUCAGAAUAUACAUGCUAUUUUUC